AUGCCUCCCCAGGCCGCUCCGUCGCCUCUGCCUCUGCCUCUGCCGUCGCCUCCUCCCGACCUCACCGGGCAAUAUCUGUUUGCAAUGUUGUACGCGGCAUGCGUCACCUUCGCACUCCUCGUCUUGGUGGGCUGCGUCUAUUACUAUCACUGGCGCCACAACCGCAUGAGUCGGGCUCGCCAUGAUCACGACAUCGAGCGGCUGCAACGAUGGGUGGAAGCUGUAGCCCCACAGGUUGUGGUCGUGGAGUAUCAUGGCGAUGCGAGGAAGUUCGAUAUUGACGAGUGCCCGAUUUGCCUAGAGGUUUUUGAGGAAGGAGAGCAAUGUGGGAUGUUCAAGACGUGCGGCCAUGGGUACCACCAAAGUUGUAUCAAGGAAUGGCUCUCGAAACACUCGCGCUGCCCGCUUUGUCGGGGUUUGGUCCAAGUAAGGCAGGCAGCUCGUGUUACACUGGUUGCCACCGGCUCCUAA